CACACCUAAUUCUGUAGCAAUAUGUCAUCCAAAAUAUCCAAAGGAUAAAUUAGAUCAUCUCUUUCCAGCACCUUGUUUUGAGAAGGCGUUCUUCUUUGGUGACCAGUUAAACUGCAAAUUCAGGAAAUUUGGCAUUUAAGACAUAUCGAGUGGUGAUAUUCCUUCACAUGUAGUCCACCAUGGGGAUCUUGUUAUCUACAGCAUUCAUCCUUGUCUUCUUAUACUUCUUCCUCUUCAAAGUGUUAAAGCUGCUGGAUCAGCCCGCUGCUGCUACCCUCCAUUACAGAGAGGGAAAAUAUAACCGCAGUAUCCUCUCAUUAUGUUCCAUCCUCACAAAGCCAUAUGUGCCUAAUCGGUUAUGGGGUCACAACGCACACAUUCAGAGCUUCAUCUACGCCAAGAUCGGUCGAUUCAACGCGCCCUAUCCCAAGGGAAAACGUAUUAAUAUACCUCGGCCAGAUGGAGCUACGUUUACCUUUGAUCUGUUUGAGCCAUCAAAACCCCAUCCUCAAGGGGCUGAUGUCACACUGUGUGUUUGUCCUGGCAUAGCCAACCAUUCUGAGAAGGCUUACGUGCGAACCUUCACCCAUUACGCCAUGUCACAGGGCUUCCGCGUGGCCAUGCUUAACCACCUAGGUGCCCUGCCUACAGUUCCACUCACUUCACCAAGAAUCUUCACCUACGGAGAGACUGGAGAGUACGCUGCCAUGAUAGACUACAUCAAGGAACACUUUGCGUCUAGUAAGUUUGUAUCGUUAGGCUUCAGCAUGGGAGCAAAUAUUGUCAUCAAGUACUUGGGUGAAGAACCUUCGAGGCAAGACGACUUUAUGUGUUGUAUCUCUGUCUGCCAAGGAUAUGAUGUUACCUUAGCUUCUAAAGUCUUACACGAGUGGGAGAGCAUGCGCCGCUUCUACAACUUCAUGAUGACCCAGAACAUGCUUCGUCAGCUGCGUCAAAACUUUGACAUGCUCUUUGGGGAAGGUGCCCGGACCUACUGGAAGAACCGAAGUGAAGCUCCUCCGUGCUACAACGUCAAGAAGGUGUUCCGUUCCACCAGUUUGGUGCACCUCGACGAAGAGAUGACUAGAAAAAUGUGUGGCCACAACAGUCUUUCAGAUUUCUACGAGUCUUGCAGUUCUUCCCCAUUUAUGUUCAAGAUCGAAAUCCCCCUUCUGAUGCUGAAUGCCGGUGACGAUGCCCUCAUCCCCGUAUCCCAGAACUGGACUCCUAUGGAGUUCAGCCAAAAGUCCACCAGCGCCAUCUAUGCCGUCACCAAGCACGGCGGCCAUCUUGGAUUCUUCGAAGGGGGCUUCCUGAAGGCCAACACUGUAUCAUGGUUGGACCGUAUGCUAACGCAGUACAUCGACGGAACCCUGGAACUCAACAAGACUAUACACAGCAACGGAGAGAUCCACUGUAAUGGGGUAGUAGCCAGUUAAUGAAAGAUUUCCUUUGUAUAGGUGAAGUAUAGCCGUACUAGUUAUUCUGUCAUAUUAAAAUGUGUUUGUUGUGCACAAGAAACACAAUGUACUGUGUAUGAAAAAUAGAAUUGUACUUAGGAAGCUUCCUCUGUUAUUAAAGAGAAGACAGUGUUAUGUUGGUAUUCCAUUAUGGUAAAUCUAUUUAUGGGGUCAGUGAGGUUAAGGGUCAUUAACAACCACCUAUUAAUUGAAUGUAGAUCGAUUCUAAACAGUGACAUUUCCAGGGAACUUCUAUUUUGAUUAAAGGAUAUUAUGGACUCUUUGAUAAGUCUACAAACUAAUGAUAUGAUAUAUUAACUAAUAGGAGGUACUUACACAACAUUUGGGUUUCCUAUCCACUGUUCAUCAAGUUUAUGAAAUAUUAACAUUUGACAUCCUCUAUUUGAUUGGCUGAUGAGUGAUGUUGCCAUGGUUAUUAAUAUUGAUGGCAAAGUUACCAUCAAUGGUAAGUUUUAUGCAACAGAACCCUGGAACAGCAUGAUCACCAAGCUAUGGAUAAAACACUAUGGGGGAGCAACCAUCUUCCAAUACUGUUAACAAAUCUAUGAUAAAAAAGUUUUUUUCAUUUCCUCUAGUAACUCCCUUUGCGAAAAGACACACCUAAGGUUGUUGUUAAUGGAACUAAUUUCAAACUGGAACCAUUAUAAUCUGCAAAGAUGAUGCCAUCAUAGAGAAAACCUUAUUCUUCAACUUGUCAAUUAUUUACAGGCAGUAUUGGACAUUGUAAUUGAAUACCGUAAUUAAUUUUAUGGGAAUGUAGGACAAAUAUAACCUUUUUUGACCUUUAGAGCCUUCACUGAUAGUAGCUGCAUGUUUAUCCAGGUGUUCAGCUGUUCUGUUCUUCUUAGAUAUUUCAAUAAUAGAGACUAGAGAGUGCAAUACUUCUUGAGAAAGAAAAAAGCAGAACAUUUACAUGUUGAAAAUGUGUUAUUCAAACCCAGAUCUUCUUUCUUAUUAUCAAGGUAUUUUUCUUAUCUUAAUAUGGAAGUGGCAAACAAAUUCUAUGCUAACAAAUUUGUCUUUUAUUUAUUCGGUUUUGCAACGUAUUGCAAAUUAAACUAUUCAUCAUGUGAUCAUAGCAAAAUAUAAACUUAAGAAAUAUUAUGAUAAAUUUAACCAGUUCCUUUGUGUUUUUGCAGAGAAAAUGAAGUCUUUCCCUCCACGUUUGUUAUGUACAUGUUAGCUACAUCUUCUGUUCUAUAGUCCCCUCCAUGUAUUUUUACCCCCCAUUCCUUUACAAAGCCAGUUAUAUGUUUACAAAAUCUGUAUGUCUGUGGGUAUUAACUGCUACUAUAUAUCAUUAAAUGUAAUCUACUUCAUUAAAUUGUUUUCCAUUUUCAUAUUUAUGUGAUAUUCAAGUGAAAGUUUUGUCACUACUGGAUAUAUGUAUUAUUGUAUUUUCAGUUCAUCAUUUAAUGAUUAAUUUUAUCAAAAGAAAUCAAUUUGUUUACAUAUCAUCUGCUACGAGCAAGUAGGAUGUUAACUCAUAUAUUAUCACAGAGUUAAUGCCCUUCUUACUGCCAACGGCCAAUAUCCUGUGUUCUAUCGCUGUGUGAAAUUAAGUCUAUAUUCAUUCACUGGUUGUCUGGAAUGAAACAUCAUUGAUUUUGUACUUUGUAAUUCCUCUUUUUCCUGCAUAACUUGCUGUGUAAUCACUGAAUCUUCUUUAGUGAUUUUGAACCACUACCUCUCACAGCAUUGCCAACAACAACACACAAUAUAUUACUAUAAUUAUACUAUGUAGAAUCAGCCAUCUUUAGUAAAGGGCCCCAGUUAUAGAUAGCUCCUUUUGGAUAUUAAUAUUAUAUCCAGAGAGAUGUACAUUAUACAAAUAGAGCGUAGACUAGUAUUGUGCUUCAAUCUUUCAUUUCAUGAUCAUUUUAGUGUAUUGGUUUUGUAAAGUUAAGACCAUGAACAUAUAAAUGAUAUAUAUAUAUUUUUAUAUUUUCCUGUUUAAAAAAAUACAUAUAUUUGUUGUUGCAUUUGUAUGAAUCUUUUGUGUGGGCUUUUAGGGCAGGUAAAUUUUUGCUCAGGAUGCUACAAAAAUUGUUAUUUAACUGCUUGAAGAGAAGAACACAUUGUUUCCCCCUACACCUACUUCAUUUGCCUCAACCCUUCAUAAGAAAUAAUGUCAUUAGCCAACUUAAUUUGUGUUUGAAGAGGAUGAUCAUUUUUAAUUUUUAAACUUU